CAAAGAGUGCAAAAUGAGUAAUGGAGGUUUAUGGUCAUUCUUGAGUGAAAAAACAUAUACACUUAAUUUUGAUGGAUCACAUAAUAAUCAAAAUAAAAAAGCAGGAGCAGGUUGCAUAAUUAGGGAUAGCCAAGGAGAAUUCGUUAUAGCAGCUGCUUAUAAUCUUGAUAAAUCCUAUCCACAUAAAUGCAACGUCGCGAUUACUGAAGCUGAGGCACUAAGAAAAGGCUUAAUCUUAGCCAGACAGAAAAAACUAAGCAUUAGUCUCAUUAAAGGUGAUAAUACAGAGGUUAUUGAUCGUGUCUUGGGUAAAAGUAAAAGUGAAGCUAAAUCACCUUUAACUGAGAUUAUUCAGGAGAUCAAGACACAUAUUAAACUCGCAAAGAUCGAGAUUGUUGAUCGAAAAGCUAAUAAGGUUGCUGAUAAGUUAGCUUAUUGGGGAACUAGACUACAACAUGAUUUGAUUUAUACUAGAUAUGUGGAUCUUCCUUCUCAGGUAGCUGAUCUAAUCAGGCAAGACAAGGCAUUGAAUGAUGGAGAGGGCAGUAGCAAUAGCAUGGCUUGGAUUGGCGGGGCACUUCUUACUGCUGGAGCAUUCGCAUACGGUGUAAGCAAGCUGCUUAAGCCUGACGAGGAUGAUUAUACGGCUAACGCUAUCCAAAACUAUGCAUCUCAAAGGACUAAAGAUUACUACACCCUUAAUUUUGAUGGGUCUGACAUUAAUCAGCUCAAUAAAGGAGGGGCAGGAUGCAUAAUUAGAAACAAACAAGGACAACUUAUUAUAGCAGCAUCUUAUAACCUUAAUAUUCACGACCAUAAUGAGCUUAAUGUUGCAAUUGCUGAGGCUAUAGCUUUUAAAAACGGAUUGGAGUUGGCUAAAAAGAAAAGCAUUAAACUCGAUCUCAUUAAAGGAGAUAGCGAAGAGGUUAUGGAUCGCGUUCUUAAUGAUAAAAGAAAGCCACCUAAAUUCUCUUUUUUGAAUCACAUCAUUUGUGAAAUUAAAAAGGCUCUUGCUGAACAAUUCAUUGAUCCACGGGCUCAAAUGGAGCUCAUUGAAAGAAAAGAUAACAAAGUUGCUGAUGAAUUGGCAAAAAUGGGUUCUAAACAGUUAGAAAGGGAAAGGAUAUAUACAAAGGACAAAGAUCUUACUCCUAGGCUUUAUGACUUGAUUCAGAACGAUAAAACUCUUAACUUCUGA